AUGAUCGACUACCGUGUGUUCCGCCAUCCGUUCGCCUCCAAUCCUUCAUCCCUAGCGGCCAGGCACAGGAGGGAGUUCAGAGCCCAAGGGCUGCAGUGGAACGUCGGAACAAGCGCGGCCUCUGGGCGCAACAGGUACAGGCUGACGGCUCAUCGAGAUCUGCGUGGAGCGCGGUGCGGCGGGGUGCGGUGCAGGGACGGGGAGAUCUUCAUGUCGGUGGAGCCGGCGACGCCGGGACGGCUACGGGGAGGGGACACCGCGGUGGCGGGGGACUCGCUGGGGCAAAGGCAGCAGCUCAGCCCCGGGCUGCUCGACCUCCACGCAUUCGAUACCGAGCUAAUCCCCGAUUUUCAAGUGCCAGGGAUGUAUGAUGGUGCCCAAAAGUUUGGCUAUGAAGGAGGUUUGGAUGAUUCGGAUCUGAGCUUCGUGGCAAAUAAGCAGAUGAGCAAGUCCACCGUUUUCGCUGAAAGUAACUACCUGAAGGCCUUCCCUGAGAAAGUGAAGGCAACGACUGUUGCUAAAAUCAAAGUGGUGGUGCGCAAAAGACCACUUAACAAAAAAGAAAUAUCAAAGAAAGAAGAAGAUAUCAUAGACAUUGAACAAAGAUCAAACUCUCUGACUGUCCAUGAGACUAAACUUAAGGUCGACCUUACUGAAUAUGUUGAAAAGCAUGAGUUUGUAUUUGAUGCUGUGUUAGACGAAGAUGUUCCAAAUGAUGAGGUUUAUCGUGAAACAGUAGAACAUGUGGUUCCUACAAUUUUUAAUCGAACAAAGGUAGCUUGUUUUGUUUAUAGACAAACUGGUAGUGGAAAGACGUACACCAUGCGGCCCCUUCCACUUAAAGCCUCCCAAGAUAUCCUGAGAUUAAUGUAUCAUACAUACUGCAACCAAGGAUUUCAGUUAUUUUUCAGCUUCUUUGAGAUAUAUGGUGGUAAAUUAUUUGACCUUCUCAAUGAUAGGAGUAAACAUUGCAUGAGAGAGGAUGGAAAACAAAAUGUUUGCAUUGUUGGUUUACUAGAGUAUAGAGUGUCUGAUGUUGAAACUAUCAAGGAGUUGAUUGAAAAAGGCAGUGCCACCAGAAGUACUGGUACAACUGGUGCAAACGAAGAGUCCUCAAGGUCUCAUGCCAUUCUUCAGCUUGCUAUUAAAAGACGUGUUGAUGGCAAUGACUCCAAACCACCUAGACCAGUCGGCAAUUUGUCAUUUAUUGACCUUGCUAGCAGCGGGCGUGGUGCUGAUACAACUGACAACGAUAACCAAACAAGGAGCCAAAAUAUCACCUUGAUUGAUCAAUACACGUAGCGUCAUCAUCGCUAUGAAUUUACUUCUUCAUCACAAAGCCGUCGAGGUAACAAUUCUCUAAAUAUGUACCUCUAUCUUAGUUUGUUAACCAACAUUCACAAAACCUCAUAUAUAAUAGUAGUCGCUCCUCUAGAGAUGGAGUAUUAUGUUUAAACAUUCAGUUAUGGAUAUGACUUGGUCAGUCCUCUACUUUUGCAUAACAGUGUUUGUGUCGGCACCUAACUUUGUCCUUUGAGAAAGCUCUAUAUCAGAUACAUGGUUCAAGAGUUCGUACAAAUUUUUGCCUCCCGUUGCAACGCACGGGCAAAAUGCUAGUCUAUUCUAUAUAUCGAGUUUGAAUAAUUUUGUACGUCAUUUAAAUACCAUGAAAUUGCGCUUUAAAGUUUUCACCAUAUUGCAUUUCUAUUAUUAGGGCAUGUUUGUUUGGGCUUCUGCUUCUGGAUUCUCUGAAAAGUUGUGCUUUUGGCUUUUCUAAAAAGUCGUUUUUGAAUUUUAGCUGUUGGAUUUUACAACAUUUUUUUGUUUCUUAGCACACUAUUUCUCA